AUGACAGCUGUGGGGUAAGGGCAGAGGAGGGGAGGAGCCGGGCUGGGUCUGUUCCCUAGGUUCUCAGAGCCCUCCUGGCUCAAAUCACCUGGGUGUCUGAGCAGGAGUUGGAGAGCCAGGCCUCUGGAAGACCGAGGUGGAGCCCAGGACUCAUCGCUUCUCGCCCCAUUUGCCUGGGCCUUCCUCCCCGAACCCCAGCCACUGGAUACCCGAACCCCAGCCACUGGAUACCGAGCUAAGGACCCGGCGGGCUUGGAGACAACACUGUUCUACCUCCUGGGUGCACUCCCGCCCCUAGCGCCUCCAUACCUCUAGCGCGGCCCUGCGCACGCGCAUUCUUGCUCUCGUCUAGGGCUCUGUCUGGCCAGAAGGUGGAAGGACAGAGCUAGGAAGGCCUCACUGUCUGAGCCUUUUGAUCUUUGAUCCCUUAAUGGAGGAGCUGCUACUUUCCUGAGAACUGGUUUGGUUGUAUUAGCCAAUGAAGAACUCUGGAAUCAGAGCUGCACUGAGGAGACUGUAAGACUUCCCUGCAUGAAACUGUGAGGUUGACGCCUGAGUUGCAAUUUGAGACCACAAGAUGCUGACCCAUCUGAGUGAUGAGACAUCUGCAUGGACCGCUGUGUGUAGGGAGUGGAAGUAACCAAAGAGGAAGAUUUAUGAGAAGUUGAAGGAGAUGCGUUGACCUUUGAUGAUGUGCAUGUACACUUCACUCGGGAGGAGUGGUCCUUGCUGGAUCCAUCUCAGAAGAGACUUUACAAAGAUGUGAUGCUGGAGAUCUACAAGAAUCUCACUGCUAUAGGGUACAAAUGGAAAGACCAUAACGUUGGAGAACAUUCUCAAAAUGAUAGAAGAUAUGGAAGACAUGAAAGAAGUCCUGCUGGAGAGAACCACAAUGAAUAUACACAAUGUGAUAAAGCCUUCACAUAUCACAGUCAUCUUCAAAAGCUUGAAAGAAACCAAACUCGAGAGAAACACUCUGAAGGCUUUCAACAUAUGGAAGCACUUGCAUGUCAGAGUUCUCUCCAAAUACAUAAAAUAACACAUACUGGAGAGAAACCCUACAAAUGUAAUCAAUGUGAUAAAGCCUUUGCACAGCUCAAGUAUCUUCGAUUACAUGAAAGAAUACAUACUGGAGAGAAACCUUACAAAUGUGAUCAAUGUGGUAAGGCCUUUGCACAAGGCAGUAAUCUCAAAGUACAUACAAGGAUGCAUACUGGAGAGAAACCCUAUGAAUGUAAUCAAUGUGGUAAAGCCUUUUUACAAUCCAGCUGUCUUCGAAUACAUGAAAGAACACAUACUGGAGAGAAACCCUACAAAUGUAAUCAAUGUGAUAAAGCCUUUGCACAGCUCAAGUAUCUUCGAUUACAUGAAAGAACGCAUACAGGAGAGAAACCUUACAAAUGUGAUCAGUGUGAUAAAGCUUUUGCACAAGACAGUAAUCUCAAAGUACAUACAAGGAUGCACACUGGAAAGAAACCCUAUGAAUGUAAUCAGUGUGGUAAAACCUUUUUACAACCCAGCUAUCUUCGAGUACAUGAAAAAACACAUACUGGAGAGAAACCCUACAAAUGUAAUCAAUGCGGUAAAGCCUUUGCACAGGUCAAGUAUCUUCGAUUACAUGAAAGAAGACAUACUGGAGAGAAACCUUACAAAUGUGAUCAAUGUGGUAAGGCCUUUACACAAAGAGGUCAACUUCAAACCCAUAAAGUAAUACAUACUGGAGGGAGACUCUAAAUAUGUAAUCAGUGUGAUGAAGCCUAUUCACACCAGAGUCAUCUUCCAGUACAUGAAAGAACAUAUACUGGAGAGAAACCUUAUAAAUGUGAUCAGUGUAGUAAAUCAUUUUUAUCUCACAGUCAUUAUCAAGCUGAUGAAAGAACACAUACUGGAUAGAAACUCUACAAAUGUAAUAAAUGUGAUAAAGCCUUUUCACAACCCACGUAUCUUCGAAUGCAUGAAAGAACACAUACUGGAGAGAAACCUUACCAAUGUAAUCAGUGUGAUAAAGCCUUUGCACAAGGCAAUAAUCUCAAAGUACAUACAAGGAUGCAUAUUGGAGAGAUCCCUAUGAAUAUAAUCAAUGUGGUAAAGCCUUUGCAUAUGACUAAUCUUUUGGGAUGCAUAAAAGAUACUGGAGAAAAACAUUACCAACAUAAUCAACGUGGUAAAGCCUUUGCAGAAAUCAGUCAUCUUCAAACCUGUAACAUACUACAUACUGGAGAGACUCUACAAAUGUAAUCAGUGUGAUAAUGUCUCUUCACAACAGAGUGGUUUCCAAAUACAUAAAAGGAAACAUCUGUAGAGAAACCUUAGAAAUGUAGUCAAUGUGAUGAAGCCUAUUCACAACACAAUGGUCUUACCUACAAUAACUCAUACUGAAGAGAAACCCUGUGAAUGUAAGGGAUUUGGUAAAGCCUUUGCACAUUACAAUACGCUCCAAUAACAUAAAAACGACCAUACUGAAGAAACUAUGAAUGUAAUCACAGGGUGAAGCAUUUGAAAAUCACAGUAGUCUCUAGAAACAAAAAAGGAACCAUCUAGGAAAGAACCCCUAUAAAGUUCUUUAACAUGGUAAGGUCUUUGCACAUAUCUGUAGUCUUCAUUAUCAUAGAAGGAUUCAUACAGUAGAGAAACCAUAUGAACAAAAGAAAUGUGGUAAAGCUUUUGCUCAUCACAGUUAUCUCUUAUUAUAGAAAAAAGGAGAUAUUAGAGAAAGAUCCUACAAGUAUGAUAGAAGUGAUGAAGCCAUUUCACAACACAGUUAUCUCUGACUACAUUAAAGGAAAUAUAAUGAUGACAAACACUAUGACUGUAAUAAAUGUGGUAAGCCCAUUAUAUAAAAUGGUCAAAGUUGAAUACAAAAAAAGACAUACUAAGGGGGAGUGGGUGGGCAAGGGAGUGGGAGUGGGUGGAUAUGGGGGACUUUUGGUAUAGCAUUGGAAAUGUAAAUGAGCUAAAUACCUAAUAAAAAAUGGGAAAAAAAAGACAUACUAGGCAGGAACCCUAUGAAUAUACGCAAUGUAGUAAACACAUGAAAUCAUUCAUUCUGGAGAGAAACAGUAUUGAAGGUAUGAAAUAUGAUGAAGUCUUUGCUUGUAACAGUGGUCUGUAGAUACACACACACUAAUCAUAAUGCAUAAGACCAACCAUCCAAAUAUAAUUGACGUGAUAAACCAUUUUAUAAGUUUUAUAUCUUUGAAUACAUCAAAGAGCACAUACUGAAAAGAAAACCUAUGAGUAUAAGCAAUAGUGUGGCGCCUUUUCAUAUUAAGGUAAAAGAAUAAAUGCUCUGGAAAAACCCUCCAAAAGCAGUCUGUGUGAUCAAGCCAUUUUACAUCACAAUCAUCUUCAAAAGCAUGCAAAGAGUCAUUGUGGAGAGAAGCCUUAUGAAUGUAUUUUAAAUUGUAAAGCCUUUGGAAAUUUCUGUAGCCUUCAUGAUCAUGAAAGUAUACAUAGAGGAGUGAAUCUCUGUGAAUGUAAGCAAUGUGGUAAACCCUUUGCUUACACAUCACAGUUGUGACCAAAUGCAGAAAACAACACAUACUGGCAAGAAACCUUAUGAACAUAUUUAAUAUUGUUUAGCCUUUGCACAUUUCUGUAAUCAUUGUCAUGACUAUUUAUAUUGGAGAGAGGGCCUGUGAAUGCGAGCGACAUGGCAAUCUCUUUAUUCACCAGAUGCAGAGAACAUAUACAGUAGAGAAACCUUAUGAAUGGGCUAACUGUGGUAAAGCCUUUGCACAUCACAAUAAUCCCUGAAUACAUAUAAGAACACAUUCUGGAGAAAAGCCCAAUGAAUGAAUGUAAUCAAUAUCAUAAGAAAUUUGCAUGUGGCAGUAGUCUUUGAAUAUAUUAAAGAACAGAUACUGGAGAGAAAACAUACGACUACUUGGGGAAAUGUGAAAGAACUCAUAAUGUAGAGAAUCUGAAUAUAAAGGAUUUGGUAAGAUCAUUAUGUUCAGCUACACAAGAUUAUUCUGGAGAAAAGUAAUCUGACAAAUGUCAACCAUCUACUAAGCACAGUGUUCCUUUUUAUUUUACAUGCACCUGCAAACUCAUCUGGACAAAACUACUAUGGAUUUAAAUGAUAAACAAAAAACCCUUUAGAUUUUUCUUCUCUUGAAUUUCACAAAACUCUGGUAUAAAAUUUUUGGGUGUGUAUUGAUGACUUUUUUGUUUCUGAGAUAAAACAUAAUAUCUAAUACAACUUACAAAGAAGUUUAGUUUAGCUUAUGGUUCCAUAAGUGUCAUUAAAUCAGUUGUGAGACAUGGCAGCUAAAGGAGGAAGCUCAGCUAUCACAUCUUCAACUUGCAGCAUGUAGCAAGGAGUGGGAACUAGAGCUGUCAUACAGAUGUAAACUCUCAAGCCCUCCUCCACUGACAUAUUUCCUCCACCAGGGCAUUAUUUGUUAAAUGAUACAAUGGUUUCAAAUGAUACAAUCAACAUAAAAGGAUUGAUUUCUCUGAUUGCAAACAUACCUCUGUAUGUAUUUAUAGCUCUGUAAAUAUUUGAAAGUGUUUAUGUAUUAUGUUGACAUCAGGUAAUAAAACAUUCAUACAUGAGAGAAAGUCUAUUCCCACAAACAAUUUAGUCAAGAUUUUGACAUCACAUUCAGUCCCCAUAAAAAUAUUGAUACACUUCUUUUUCCUUUUUUAUUUUUUGUUGUGUUUUGUUUUUUGAGACAGGCUUUCUCUGUGUAGCCCUGGCUCUU